ACCCGAAAAUGAUCUAUAUUUAACCGGGCAUUUCACGAGGAGCAUUCGCUUUAGCUUGACGUGUUUAACAUAGCUUGGCAUAGUCAAAGUUUCUCCGGAUUUUACACAGUUAUACUAAAAGAUGAAUUUGCUAUUAGGCUUUUGUUUGUUUUCUCUUGCUGUCUACCAUGUAUCCGGCCUGGAAUGUUACGAGUGCGCCUUAGGGUGUAAUGAUGAGUUCAAGUCUGAUGGCGUGGCCAAGGACACCUGUAGUGGUUCAUGUUUGAAGACGAAAUCAAAUGGGGCCGUCGUGAGAACUUGUCUACCGUUUGUAAAGAAGGACGAAUGCGAGGAAAAAGACGAUGUUAGUGUGUGCGCCUGUACGUCAAAUCUUUGUAACGCAGCCACCAUUGAGUCCUUGUCAACGUUCGCUGUGAUCACGACUGUUGCGUGUGUCUGUCUUAACAUCUUCAGAAAUAUCUUCUAAUCAUUAAAAUCAUGAAAUAGACUGUAUAUUCAAAAACUUUUGAUUGGUAUCUUAUCUAUUUUUUUCCGAAAAAACGUUUCUAAAAAUGUCUUCCAUUCUAUGCAAUGUGACGUAAUCAGUUCUUUUUAUACUAGUGUGCAUGUAUAACUUUGUAGAUGUGUUUCUUAAUAUUUUUUUUAUUAAAAUUUGUAAUUUUCAUAGCACCUUUUUAUGUUUAUUGUUGAAAUUAAUAAAGGUAUAUCUCUGA